UAAAUACCAGUGAAAACUGCGUAAUUCUCAUUAUACUUGCAUACUAAUCACCGGUCGCCAUAUUGGCGUAAUGUUAAGCAUUGCGAAAGCCAUCGUGAUUGACGAAAACUUCGGACCGAGUGCGGAAGACGAACCAUCAAAUAUGCCUGCUUUACAAGCGACAAAUCUAGGGGCAUCGAGGCGCGAAUUGAUUCUUCUCGGAGCCGGGCCUCGACAGUGCUCCUGAUGUGCCCCAUGCCGCCGACAUGUCAUUCGUGACAGGAGGCAGCGGCGUGGGGACUUCAAAAGAGCCCCCUGUCAAUGUCAAGUUAAACAAUACAGAUUUCUGCACCGCUAGCUUGGCAUCCACUGCACAGUUCGCCUCGAACCUGUGUUUUGUCGUACAAGUCGUCGAGAACGUUAUGGUGAAGUGGGAGACCAUCUAUGUGAAUAAUGUACUCUACGUGGAGGUCCCCAGCAGCAUUCUGCCCGAGGGCUCCAAGGAAAGCCUGAUUACUCUUCUGGAGUAUGCGGAGGAAGUGUUGGACUGCAGCCAUGUGAUUUUGGUCUUCAAAAAGAACCGAAAUGACAGAGCGAGUCUGAUACGCACCUUCAUGUUCCUUGGUUUUGAAGUGGUCUGCCCCGGCAGUCCCUUUGUGCCCCUGGUGGAGGACCUAAUGUUCUUGGCGUACACCAUCGAAGAUGACGAAGACUAAAGACACACACAAAACUAGCCCAGGGUUACAUGUCACCAUAACCCUGGAGAUUUUGUAUUAGCACAUUAGUUGAUUUUUCGGACCUUUAUCUUUGGACAUUUUGGGUUUAAUAAUAUCGUUUCCAAAACUUGUUGGUAAAGACAUGAAAACUUGUGCAUUUAAAAGUAACAACUUGUGUAUUUAAACUGAUUUAAAGGAACAUUAUAAUGAGGUGUCUUUCGUCAUUUUAACACAGGAUUUUGAGGUUUUAUUGUGCAUGCAAUAACAUGGUAUUUCUUGAAAUGUAGUAAAUCUCUUUUACGCAAACAUAAUCCAUUUUUCUAUGGCUUAGCAAUAUUAACGAAUAAGCAUAAUACAUUCAGUUGAAGCCAAUCAUUAUUAUGACUUGGUUAAACCAUUGUAACUAAAUGUUUUAAAUUUUCAAAGGAUCAGAGCAUUCAUUUAAUUGGUAUCUUAUAUGUUUUACCUUUUACUUCAUAAUGCUCACAUUUCUUCAAACUGCAUUUCCAAAUUCUGAACAUGUUAUUUUAAGACAGUAACUUUUGCUGAAAAUAAAUUUCCUUCAUGCAUUAUUUACGAUCACAUCAUUUACACCAUUACGAGAAAUACUGUGUUCUAUUGCCUAUUUGUGGAUGUAAGCUUGUAUUUUAUUUAGAUUUGUAUUGUUUAACCUGGCAUAGCGCCCCUACCCCCUAAACGUUCACACAAUUCAACUUUGUUUAUUAUAUAUAUUAUUUUGCUGUGUACAUUUUUGUACAUUGGUCUCUUAACAAUUUUGUACUUUGUGUGAUCUAUUUGUAAAUUGCCUUUGGCUAGGCCUUGUCAUAAUACUAUAAAUUGUUCAGAGCUUUUUAAAGAAUGUACCACACACUGGAUUUUGUGUACGAACAUUGCCAGUUAUGAUUGAUUUAGAAAAUUGUGAUACCUUGAAUACAGUAUACAACUUUGGAAUAAUUGCAAGAAGGCAAUAUAUCUCAUGUAAAACGUUAUACAUAGAAGUAUAUAUUAAUGAGAGAAAUGUGGCAAAUAAUGGACAUGAUGAUUCCACUAAGACAAGGCUCUAGUCAGUUUGAUAAGAAAUUGGGACCAUGUUGUAUGGAGGAUACACUGUGUUUUACUGUAGUGUUGAAUAACUACUGCUAUUAUAAAGCUUCAUAGGAUUUUUGUACUAAAAUGGCAUGUGUAAACACUUCUAAAAAUUAAAUAAAAUCUACAGUUCAUGUAUUGUUAAAAAGAUCUUAAGAAGAUCAAAUAAAAAGUUAAUAACUAUCUACUGUGAGUUUAUCAUAAGCUGACCUUGUGGGAGCAAAUUUUGUUGACCUAUUUUCAGCAUGUGUUAUCUUUUUUUGGCCUUGUUUACAUUCUCUAUAUUUGUGAUAAAUUGUUAACAGCAGUGUUAUUGGACUUUUUAUCAGUGGUGGACGUCACAAAGCUAGAUUCUUAACUGUUCAUAGUCACCAAAUUUUAAGCCUGACCUUGCUUUGAUUAUCUUGUGUAAGUUUACACAAUUUUUAGAGGUGUUUACUGUAAAUAAAUAUAUAAUAAACAAUUGAUUCAAGUUAUUUGCUUUUAAUCGUGUCCCCUUCUUUAUAACAUUUAUAGUAUGUACUAUUCUAUUUGUAUUUAGGUAGUUCAUUUAUUAUAUCUAAACCAAAAAGUAUUUCCUUUUAAGUAUUGUUUUUAAGUACUUAAUGUGUACAUUAAUAACUCAUUAAAACAAAACAUCGAUUGUAAUCAUUUAUUUUGAAAGAUUUGCAUGGAUUUUUGAAUUCAUUUGCUAGUCAUUUUUCUGCCAUGUUUGUUUUCAUGUUAACGUAGCAUUGUUUUAAAUGUUAAGUUACUACAAAUAUUACAUACCACUUCUUAUUUGCCAAAUCUUUUGUUACGGGACUUGAUUUCAAGCAAUUUUUCUUGAUCAUAAGAAAUAAAGACGAACAUUUACUUGUGACACAAAAAAAAUUUAAAAAAAAUGAAUAAUUGGGAAAAAAAACAAAAAAAAAAGAUUUGUUGUUUAUAAAGCAGGCAUAUGUGCUGGUUCUCUUUUUGCGCAAUUUUAUGUAUAUUUUUUUCUUUAAAUCUGCACCUGUAUAAUUAUUAUCUUUUUCCUCACUUUUCUCUUUAAAUAAAUGGUGGUACCACACACUUGUGGUUUAAACCAUAGAUAAUUGUAAAAAAAAUAAUUUAACUUCCAACUUAAUCCUAAAAACUUAGAUUCCUAAUAUUUACAUUAAAAUAAUAAUAAUAAUAUUGUCAAUGUAUAUACAUUACUUACAGUGAUUUAAAUUUGUGAUAGAUUUACAUCAAAGAGUGCAAGUCCUUACUAUGCAGCCAUUUGAGGUGCAGUAGGACUUUAAACUGUAACAUCAAAGAGUGCGUGAUUUUAUGUAGUUUGCAACAUUGAGGUGCAUUUGAAAUGUAACAUUGAUACAAAUCUUUAUUUUGAUGAUGUAUGUGGAACAAUAAAUAAAGUUUUAAUUCAAUACCACCA